CCUUGGCAGCGCGCUCAUCGUCUUUCAACGAACAUACAUUCCGUUGGUACCCAAAACUUUCUCGAAAGAGAGAGCAGAGGAGCUGGGCCAGCUGGCACAGAAAGCGGAACACAAGCCAGCGAUUGAUUUUUCUCGAGAGCAUUUGAAAACACGGAAAAAAGCGGAGGGCAAAAUAAAACAAGCCAAUACCCCUGGUGCAGUGGUUCCAUAUGGAAAUGAAAAUGUCGGAGUUGCAGGAUGCCCACGAGCCCAAGGAUUCGUCCGAAGGCCAGCAGCUGCCAGCUGGUGCUGUUUCUCCAGAAGAUGAGGAGGAUGAGCAGGAGGAGCAGGAGGAGGAAGUGGAAGUGGAGGUCGAGCAGGAACAGGAGCAGCAGGAGCUACUGAGCGAACGCUGGUCUCCCUUGGGUGCCAACUACGAUGAUGCGAAUAGCGCCAGUUCGGGAGUGGAUUGCGAACUGAUGGAGCCGGGAAACGGGGAAAAGUCCGAAACUGGCAGCGAACUGGCUCGUCUGCGAAGCAUCGAGGAGGAGCAGGAGCUGCUCACCAGCUCGCUGCUGGCCCUGACCUCCCACUUCGCCCACGUCCAGCUGCGGGUUCGCCAGAUUGUGGAGGCGCCAACGGAGGAGCGGGAUCAGCUGCUGCGCGACCUCGAGGACUUUGCCUUCCAGGGCAUUCCGGACGCAGUGCAGCCCAAGGAAUCCAAGGAGGCGGAGGCUGGCACCCACGAUAGCCAGCUGAUUAAGCAACUGAAAUCUCAGCUCACGGAACUCGAACAGAUUGCCUACGAAGCUGGAGAGCCCGGCAUUCUGCCGCAGCAUGUAAUGCUCGAGAAGCAGAAGUUCAUUCUGGACGAGCUGCGCUCAAAGCUCAAUCUGCAGGUGGAGCAGCACGAGCUGCCGGCCCUGAGCACGGAACAGCUGAGGCACCAAGUCGACAAUGCCAUUGGCGAGUUUGUGGGUCCGCUCAAGAUGAAGGAGCAAUUGGUGGCCCAGCUGAAGACGCAGAUCACCGACCUGGAGCGCUUCAUAGCCUUCCUGCAGUGCGAUGCGGUCGAGGGAUCCGUCGGUGAUCGAUUGAAGCUCCUCUCCGGGGCCUACAAUAGCUAUGCAGCCAAACAGACGGCACGCAGUUCGCAGGCAGCUGCGAUUUCUGCCCCCGUAGCCAUGGCCAACACUCCAGCUCCGCAGCCUUCGUCGCAGUCCGGAGGACCGCGUUCCCACAACCACUCCCCGAACGAGAGCCUGCACAGCAAGGCACACGGUUUGCUGGACAAGGCCUCGAUCCUCAUGCAGAUGUUCGCCAGCACGCAUCUGGCGAAGCCACGCAGCCACGACGAAUUCCAGCAGAACUUGCUGAAGAAGACGCACAAGGGCAACCACUGGGGGGAUCUGCGUGCCCAGCUGGAGGUAGACAUUCAGGAGGUGGCCGCACUGGCCGCCACUUUGAGCUGCGAUCGCGAGAAGUUGGCCAAUAUCAAGCGGGCCCUGCGUCAGCAGCAGGCGGAGUCCACCUCCUCCUCCUCGGCAGCUGGUCAUCCGGUGGUGAUCAAUUCGCAGAAUGGAGCGCUGACCACCAUGCCGCCUCGUUGCCGGCGAGCAGUGCCAACUGGCCACGAGCUGGCUCCGUAUGCGUCUGGCGGAGCCAUAUCCUCCGACUCCGACGAGGACAUCAGCUACUCCAACUUCGAGUGGGAGAAGGAGCCGGGGGGCAAGAGCCGCCGGAUGGCGCACAUGCGCGGCGACUCGAUAGCCACCAUUGGCCGCGAAUUGACGACGGUGGUGCGUAAGAACUUUGCCCGCACGUUGCAGCAGCUAAUCCAACAUGGUCUGCGCAUCCCAGCCGAAUCGGCUGCCUCCAGUUUGAUGGUGCCCUUCAUGAGGUGUCUGCAUCCUGGCUCCCAAUCUCCGCUGAUCGCCACGACGGCAGGUGGUGGUGGCGGAGAUUCGCGAUCGCAGCAGUUGCUCGGCCUGGGCAGGGCCAUGCAUGCCUGGGAAUUGGUGAUGGCCUACUAUCGAUUGAAGCACGGCGAGGAGUACAACAACACGCCAGCGCGUAAGUUGUCGCAGAGCUUUCAGCUGGACAUCGUGGACGCCCAGGCGGUGACCGCCAAACAGAGUUUGCUCAGCGCCGUGGGCAUGAUUUUGGCCAUGCACCGGCCCUACAAGCGGAGCAACAACGCCCACUUCAAGGCCUUCGUCUGCGCCGGGCUCAACUCGCGUCUUUUGGUGGAGUGGCUGAACUUGAUCCUCAGCUGCCACGAGCUGGUGGACACGUACUACUCGGCCAACAGCUAUGUGGCCCGCACGGGAUUCCGGGACUCGUUGCGCUCCAUCGACGCUCUAUCCCGAUUCGACUUCGACCUGCCGGUGGACCUGGCCAUCCGGCAUUUCCGCAACAUCUAG